CUCAACAUGUCUACCAUAUCUCGGCAGUCCACACUUGACUCCUUCUUGACACUGACAGCGAGGGACAGCACACGACGGACUGGAACGAGAAAGCCCACGAAUACAGCCACGAGCGCUGCGUCCCAGGACAUUAUCUGCGCUCUUAGUGAGUCGCGAGGAGUCUCAUCAACGGUAGGAAUAGCUUUCGUGAACCUUGCGACAGCUGAAGUGGUCUUGUGCCAAAUAUGUGAUAGCCAGACCUUUGUCAAGACAGUGACCAAAAUUGGGAUUUUCGAACCUAGCGAGAUACUGUUCAUGCGAACCGCUCAAGGAACCAAGCUUCGCUACAUCAUCGAAGAAAAUCUUCCCACUCCUGUUCUCGCAUUCGCGGAUCGCAGGAGCUGGUCUGACAGAUCCGGUCUGGAGUAUCUUGAUCGUCUUGGAUUCCCAGAUGAAGUGAACUCCCUUCGGGUGACACUCGAAAGAAACUAUUUUGCUGCGUGCAGCUUUGCAGCGGCUUUGAAGUAUAUUGAGGUCGAACUCGAGAAAGUAUUCGCGGCACACUCCUUGAGAAUUCGAUUUGAGCCUUCAGAAGGAUCCAUGAUUGUUGAUCUGAGCACUAUCGUGUCUCUUGAGCUGAUCCAAAACUCCCGAACCACUAAAUCCAAAGAUAGCUUGUAUGGAUUGCUGAACGCAACCACAACGCCGAUGGGUGGCAGACUGCUCCGAGCCAACAUACUCCAACCUUCUACGGACCGGGUCAAGUUGACUGCGAGAUACAACGCAGUUGAAGAUUUGUCGUCCAAGGAAGACAUGUUUGUAUCUGUGCGCCAAGCCUUAAAAGGGUUUGUUGAUGCAGACAGGGUGCUGACGUCGAUUAUCCUCGUACCGACCAGGCGAACGGCACAAUAUAUUGAGCAGUCGGUCAACUACGUGAUCAUGCUGAAAACGUUCGUUUCUGCGAUCAGGAAGAUCUAUGUGGCACUGGGACCAGCGCAAAGUGAAAUACUGACCACUAUCCGAGAGGCAACUUUGUCACCCUGCUGGUCAUCGAAAUGUGGAAGAGCUGAUUGCGAAAACACUAAACGAAAACAUCACGUAUCAAAGCAAGCCUUUGGACUUGCGAAACCAACGAAUUUAUUGCGUCAAGAACAGGCAGGCGUAAGUAGUCUUUUGGAUGUUGCGAGACAGAUUUACAAAGAAGCCAAUGCGGAUGCAGCAGAGUUGGUCACAAGUCUAGCGGAAAAUUUGGACCUGCGACUGGACCUGAAAUACGACACGGCUCGUCAGUACUACAUCUGUCUUCCAGCAGGAAGGGUGGAGUCAUUACCGGAUGUCUUCAUUAAUGUCUAUCGCAAGAAGAAUCGUAUCGAAUGCCAGACAUUGGACUUGGUCAAGUUGAACCAGAAAAUUGCAGAUGCUCACAUCGAGGUGAUCAAUAUGAGCGAUCAAACGAUCCAGACGCUCCUCGUGGACGUUUGUGCGGAUGUGGCAAGCUUGUUCCGUACCAGCGAAGCAAUAGCGAUGUUAGACAUGCUGGCAGCCUUUGCUCAAAUCGCGACAAGCUAUAACUAUGUCCGCCCAGAGUUGACAGCGACCCUGACAUUAAAAGCGGGCCGGCACCCGAUUCGUGAAAGAAUCCAUUCCAGCUCAUUUGUCCCAAACGAUGCGUGCGCCACUUCGCAAACCCGCUUCCAGAUUAUUACCGGAUGUAAUAUGAGUGGGAAGUCGACUUAUAUUCGAUCGAUUGCACUGAUGGCUGUGAUGGCGCAUAUCGGUUGUUUUGUACCGGCUCAGUACGCGUCUUUCCCGAUCACACAUCAGCUAUUUGCACGAUUCGCCACCAGCGACGAUCUUGAUGCCAAUGUUUCCACAUUUGCUGCAGAAAUGCGCGAGAUGGCUUUCAUCCUUCGACACAUUCAGCCGGGUGCGAUGGUUUUCAUUGAUGAGCUCGGUCGUGGCACAAGUACAACGGACGGUCUUGCAAUUGCCAUUGCCAUCAGUGAAGCGCUCCUCGCGAGCAAUUCUUGGGUCUGGUUUGCUACACACUUUCAUGACCUUGCCCGUAUCUUGUCCGAAAGAAGUGGCGUGAUCAAUCUUCAUCUCGUGGCCGAUAUCACUCCAUAUGCAAACAAACUGACCAUGUUGUACCAGAUUGCCGAAGGGCCGGUCCCAGAUCGAAGGUAUGGUCUUCAGCUUGCCAAGCUGGUAGACCUUCCGCCAAAAGUCUUGGAGACAGCCGGUCGUAUCUCACAGUCGAUGGAUCGACUGACGGAGCGUCGAAGCAGCUCUUCGCGUGCUGUUAUCUUGGCCCGAAAGCGAAAAUUGCUUCUGGGUCUUCGGGAAGAGCUCAUUAUGGCUCAUAAUGGAUUCAUGGACAACGUAUCCCUACGAAACCACCUUAUCGAUCUUCAACAGCGCUUUAUCUUGAACUUGGCUAGCCUUGAGAAAGAUGUAGAAUCACAGACUGAGGGUAUGUGCGAGCCUCGAGAGACGACUAGCACUCGAGAGAACACCUUGGGGGCCUCUGGCUGUGCAGAAGUCCACUCAGAUAUAGAGAUUGACGACUGUCGACCAUCUUCAAGAACCGCAGCUGAUUCUGAUUCCUUGCUGCUCGAUUCCGACCAUUCUGAUUCUCAAGGCCCGGGUUCCACUUGA